AGAAGCAACGAAAGAGGAGAGAACAUUUCAGGCUUGUGUCACUCGGAUCUUACCCGCAGGCUGCAGAAGGACGCGAGCUUCCUAGGGUUUUCGAAAUCUCGCCCCCCCACCACUUCCUGAAUCCAAAGAUCGACGAUGGCGAUGGCCGCUCUCCGCCGCGAAGGGAGGCGAUUCGCCGCCCCUCUCCUCUCCCCCCGCCCCAUCGCCGCCGCCGCCGCCGCCGCCCCCCGCCGGCCCUCCCUCUUGCCCGAGGAAGAGGUUCCUUUUGGGGUUCGUUCUAUUUCAACUCAAGUGGUAAGGAACAGGAUGAAGAGUGUGAAGAAUAUUCAGAAGAUCACCAAGGCUAUGAAGAUGGUUGCAGCCUCAAAGCUACGAGCAAUUCAAACUAGAGCUGAAAAUUCCCGUGGCCUGUGGCAGCCAUUCAUUGCUCUUCUUGGUGACACGCCCAGCAUUGAUGUCAAGAAGAAUGUUAUAGUCACUGUUUCUUCAGACAAAGGGCUGUGCGGUGGGAUUAAUUCCACUUCAGUAAGGGUAAGCAAGGGUUUACACAAGUUGAACUCAGGGCCUGAAAAAGAACCAAAGUAUGUAGUCCUGGGGGAAAAAGCAAAGGUUCAAUUGAUUCGUGACUCGCGAAAGGACAUACACUUGACCAUAUCGGAGCUACCAAAAAUUCCUCUGAACUAUACUCAGGUUUCUGUGCUGGCUGAUGACAUCAUAAAGAACGUUGAGUUCGAUGCUUUAAAAAUUGUCUUCAACAAGUUUCAUUCCGUUGUCUCAUUUUUACCAACAGUGUCGACUGUGCUAUCACCUGAGGUUGUUGAAAGGGAGGUGGAAUCUGGUUCGGGUAAGCUUGGAGAACUAGACUCCUAUGAGAUUGAAGGUAGUUCAACGAGGGGAGAAACACUUCAGAAUCUGGCAGAAUUCCAGUUUUCUUGUGUCUUGUUUAAUGCCGUAUUGGAGAACGCUUGCAGUGAGAUGGGUGCUAGGAUGUCUGCCAUGGACAGCUCAAGCAGAAAUGCUGGUGAUGUGCUUGACCGCCUCACUCUCACUUAUAACAGAACCCGUCAAGCUUCUAUCACCACAGAGUUGAUUGAGAUUAUAUCUGGAGCAUCGGCACUGGAGGGCUAAUUGCGGAAAAGUAUUUCCAGCUUGUUUGACGGCGACGAAAUAAGAUUAAGGCUGGCUUUGUUUAAACUUGUGUUACUGUUCCUUGUUGAGGAUUUCUGAGAAGGACCGCAAUAAUUCCCAGUGCCAGAAGUUAAAUUCUGUGGAGCACAAAGCAAUUUUCUUCCCUGGUUUUACCUACUCCUGGAAUUUCUUCUUCAUUCCUAGUUUGGAUGUUGACCGUUGGCUGUUAAUUUACUGGUGGAUGUUUUGCAACAGAAACCGCUUGGUACCGAUUGCUUGUUCUUCGUCAGAGUGUAAAUGGUGCUUAAUUUAGCAUCGACCCGUGCUCGAUUUAAGGCGAGCUUCUCCAUUGUGUGGUUCUUUUGAAUAAAAUUGUCUCCCAAAUUUCUGCUUUA